AGUGAAAAAUGAAGCUAACCUGCACAUUUGAGGAUUUUAUAUUCAAUAACGGCGAAAAAUUCUAUCAGUGCAUCAUUAAGGACCAAGAAGUUCCACAAAACAGCAAAUUUGAAUUUUCCGGUCAACAUUUACCCAAAAAAUACGACCCAGAUGUGACAUUUGUUGAGUUUCGUGACUGCAACUGUCCAAAAGUUCCACAAGGAUUGACAAAAGCCUUCCCAAAUUUGAAGGUUCUGAGCAUCUGCAAUUCAAAGUUGAAGGACAUCAGCAAGGAUGACAUGGCUGAGUAUAAAAAUUUGCAUAAAUUUAUUUGCCACAAGAACGAAGUUGACUUCCUGCCUGGUGAGUUAUUUGAAGGAUUUGAGGACUUGACUUACAUAAAAUUCACCGGCAAUAAAUUAGGAGAAAUAGAGCCAAACUUACUAGAUGAGCUAUACAGCCUUGAUUAUGUCAAUUUUAAUGGAAAUAUUCAUAUUAGCCAUUUUUAUGCAUCAAACAUGAUUUACAAUCCAAAUGCACUACUUGGGGAAAUCCAAACGAAACUAAUUCAGAACUUUUUGAACCUAGAAGCUGAAAAGAUCCGAGCCUACAUAAGCAACAGCCGAGAUCCACAAAAAACAUUGACAACCUUUAGAAAAUAUUCAAAUGACAGAUAUAACAUUGCGGAUGCUAAUAAAGUUAAGAUGUUGGAAAUCAGCGCAAAUAUUAAUGACGAGAAAAGAGCUAAAGAAUUGGAGCAGCUUAAAAGCUCAAAGGAAAGAUUAAUGCUGAAAGUACAGGAACUGAAGGAAUCAAAUGCUAAAAUGGUCAAACAAAUUGAAGAAUUGGAGAAUUUGGAGUUGAAACUUAACAAUCAAAUUGAGGAGUUAAGAAAGGAGUUGAAGAAUAAAAAGCAGGAAAAGGAAAAAUUGCAGAAAAAUUUGCAGAAGCAGAUCGAAAAUUUGGCUGUUCAAAUUCAAACUGUAAUGUUAAAAAAUGAAUAAAAUUUUAAUUUUCUUAA